GCACCACCACCGACAUCACCCCUCGCCCACGCAACGCCGGCUCAACCGUCCAGUAGCCUCCCUCAUCACCUCGAAAAGCUAGCCGCCAGAUAAUUGAACCGCACCAUGCUCUUCAUGCGCGCCGCGUCAAAGGUCAGCCGGGUGGCAGUCCCGGCCUACCGAGCACCUACCGUUGCAUUGAACGCUCAGCGCACCUUCUCGCAGUCGGCUAUCCGAAAGAGCGAUGCGCACGCCGAGGAGACAUUCGAGGAGUUUACCGCCAGGUAUGAGAAGGAGUUUGAGAAGGUCAAUGAUGUUUUUGAGCUUCAGCGAAACCUGAACAACUGCUUCGCCUACGAUCUCGUCCCUUCCCCCGCAGUCAUCACUGCUGCUCUCCGCGCUGCCAGGCGUGUCAAUGACUUCCCCUCGGCUGUCCGAGUUUUCGAGGGUAUCAAAUUCAAGGUGGAGAACAAGGGCCAAUACGCCGAGUACCUUCAGGAGCUUGAGCCGAUACGCGAGGAGCUUGGUAUUCCCCUCAAGGAGACCCUCUACCCUGAGGAGAAGUAGAUUGCAGGCUGGUAUGCUCGCUAUCCGAUUAUCUCCUUCUUGACAUCGAAUACUUCGGAGCGCCCAAUGUAAAUGCCAUAUUUCAAUUUCCUUUACUAGACAGAAGACCGGAAGCGAACGUGGCCUGUACAACUGUGUGAUGUAUUGCAGCAUGAAUGGUGGUCAACGUAUGCCAAGGCGGGUUGUGGUGGUGCAGAGUGCAGAUAUUUAGAUGCAGCAGGUAGAUGGAAAGAGUUUUGCAAGUUCAAAUGACUUUAGUUUAUAUUCGACAUCUUGAUAUUUUGGGAUGCAUGUGUGGUAGUACGACUGUCAUAUGCCCUAGUUGGAACAUGCAAAUAUCUCUGGUCAGGAU